AUUGAUGCUUGCUUGCUUGCUGUAUAUAUCUUGUCCUGCUUUCUUAAGCAUUAUGGAAAGAGAGAGAAACUUAACACUGCCAUUUCAACUACCAUUUCUGAUUUGAUUUCCCAUCACCAAUAUGGUCUUUAAGUAGUAAUUUCAUUUGGGUGGUUGGCUCUCUGCCUUUCUGAUAAAUGCUUGCAAGAACAAUGGACCACUUUAAGUUUCAGAGCUUUCUGGUUUUUUUUGUCUUCUUCAACUGAAGGCAACUAUGAAGAAAUCUCCUGUGCACCCAAAGUAUGACAUGGAACAUGAAGGCAAUGGAUUUGAUCCUCAGGCUGACUUUUAUCAGUUUCUGGAAGAAGCAAAACACUAUGCAGUAGAGGCAGACUUCCAGAAAUCAUCAGGCUAUCCAGAAGAAGGUGGAGAAAGAAGAUUGGGCCAAGAGAAGAAGAAGAAAUCAUGGAAAAAGUUUCUAUUUCCAUGGUUGAAAGGAGAUAAAAUGAACAAAACUAGCAUAAAACCAGAAACCAUAUCUCAUGUUUCUAAUACAAGGCGGACAAAUGUUUCUGGUCCAGUGUAUGGCACCGGCAAGGUUACGGAUGGUAGGCUCCGGCGUCCGACAUCUGGGCCUAUCGCCAGUCUUUUCAACCCCACAAAGAGAUCAGACAAUGCAAUACCCUAUGUGUGUCUUGAUAACAAUGGCAGCCCUCAAGUUGUUAAAACCUAUGGGCCUGUUUAUCUGGUGACAUAGAAUGUCAUGAAGAAGUUGGCUAUAGAGAAUUGAAUCUUAACCUUUCUGCAUCAUGGAAGAAGUUCAACUAAAUCAUGAAACUAUAUGGUGGUAAGUUUGGUGGCAAGAACAAGAAACUCUAAUAUGACAAUUUUGCUGAAGUGCAGUGAAUUUAUGGACUCUACAAUGAAUGGGUUGUCAUGGAAAUGUAGUUGGAUCAUCAAAUGGAAGAAACUUGGGAAUUUUCUACAUCUUGGUUGAAUUUGAAUAAUCCAAGCAUAUGGAAAAAGCUGCAGAUCCUUUAGGUGUUAUGUUAUUGUGUUUCAUCUAAAACAGAAGUUCGAAUCCUUGGCAGCCAAGUCAAUUUAGCCUUGUAUUGAUUUCCUUUCUUGUGGUUUGUCAGUAAUCAAGGGAAGCAGUUAUCUGUGUAGCAAAAAUUACAUAUGCCCUUGAUUAUCUAUCAAACCAAACUUAGAGCAUAUUCAAAUUGUUCUGGACAGUGUUUUUGAUGUUUUAUUUUCAUUCAAACUUCAAUUAUAUCUUCAUAA